AUGAUUGUUGGUUCAGGCUCAAACAGGAACAACAAUAAUAUCGACGCGCUUGGGGCGGCAAUUUCAAAUACACAACAGCAACAAGUCAACAGCAAUGAGCAAACAUCGGAAUUCGUCAGUAGCGCAAAGCUUCCCGUCAUGUUCCACACUGAUGACUUAGAUAUCGUAGUCUCUGAUCUCGGCUCGGGCCACGACCACGAACAAAUUCUGACCUUCAGGCUUCCUGCCAAGCCGUCCUACCUCCUCGAACCUAAUUGUUGUGGCAGCGUAGACGAUAUCAGGAGCAUGCCCCAACGUUGCAAUUCCAGCCAUCGGGAAUGUCAUCUUAUUCCAGAAUUCCUUGCGGAAAUCCCACCAAACGAGAGCGGGUUUGAUCGCCGUAGGUGGGGUACUGCCGAGAUCGUUCCCGAAUUCGACGACAUCGACUUGCCCACAGCAUAA